AUGCAGGCCCUCAAUUUCCCAUUUUUCAAAGUCAACAAGGCGGCAGCAAGAACCUUAACAGAUGACACGUUCACCGGGUUUAACCAGCUCUGCAUGUCCGCCACAUGGCCCGUGAAAGCGCUGGAAGCUCAGCGCAAGAAAAAUCUGGUCCCACCCUUCCUCCCAUCAGGCUUUCAUGAGAACGGCCCGCUAACUGCUGGCUGCGUCAGAGAGCCCACUCUCCUCCCGGGACACUUAAGUAUCGGUGUUCUCCCCACAGACCCAAAAUUGGAUUCAAUCAUGUCGUCGUCCCCUUCGGCAGCUCCCUCGUACCAGCAGGGCUGCUGCAGGAUGACUCUGGAGAACGCUGAGCUCUGGAAGUCCUUUCACAGCAUCGGGACGGAGAUGAUUAUAACAAAGCACGGGAGGAGGAUGUUCCCACACUGCAGCGUCAGCUUAACCGGCCUCCAACCUUUUGUCAACUAUGUCGUCAUGAUGGAUAUGGUUCCUGUAGACAGCUUCAAAUACAAGUGGAAAAACGGGCAGUGGGAGGUGGCCGGGAAGGCAGAGCCCCAGCCCCCAUGCCGCUCUUACAUGCACCCAGACUCCCCUGCCCCAGGAAGCCACUGGAUGAAGCAUCCGCUGUCCGUCCUCAAGAUGAAGCUCACCAACAACACGCUGGAUCAGCACGGACACAUCAUCCUGCACUCCAUGCAUCGCUACUACCCAAGGUUUCACGUGAUCCAGGCGGACAGUCCGUACGCCGUCCGCUGGGGACAGACCUUCUCAUUCCCAGAGACGGUCUUCACUGCAGUUACCGCUUACCAGAAUCCAAUGAUCACCAAACUGAAGAUUGAUCACAACCCUUUUGCUAAAGGAUUCAGGGAAGGAGGUACCCAUUCCCACAGCAAAAGGUGUCGCUCAAAUAAAAGUCCUCCUGCAAAAAGACCCGCACUGGACAGGAAGAACACGUGUGACAGAUCUCCAGGCCUGCAGAGGAUGCCCUCCACCUCUCAGUCGGCGUUGGCAGACAAGAGCGAGGCCUCCAGGCAGCCGUCACCAAAGGAGCGUCACCUCUCCGCCUGGGCUCUGGAGCCGGACUCAUCUGAGAGCCUGCACGCUGAGCCCCCGGAGCUGCAAGAGUAUGACUACGGCUGUGAAGAACAGAUGGUGCCUGCAUCCACGGCAUACCAACCGUACAGAUGCGUGGAGUAUGGCAGAUUCCCAUUCCCCCCCAGUGAUGCAGAUGGAGCACAGUCACAGUCACUCCUCCACCCCGCACCUCAUCCGCUCUCCACAACUGAACAUGGCACCCAGCAACACCACCACCCCCACCCUCACCCCCACUACAGCAACACAGCAGACUGGAGCCAGUUCCCGCUCUUCCCUUAUUCCUGCUGGUGAAACGAUCGCGAUGGAUGACAUCGACGCGGGACAGGAACGCUAAAGGAACGACGGGAUAUAGGAAAACUUUUCUAAAUGGACGAACAAUGGAUGUUCCAGUAGUUUGUGUUAAAAGUGUAAAAAGUAUUUUCUAGAGCUUGUUUUAUAUGUAACUUUUAAGUUUUGGCAAUUUCACUGUACAACGGUUUGGUUUAUCUGGAGACCACGCUCUCAGCAAAAUACGCGCCGGCCCCGGGUUGGAGCGUCUGCAAUUGUCUAUACUGAAUUAGACACGGCAUGUGUUUUGAGGGAACUUUAUAUUGUGCCGUGGCCUGCCAGCUGGGAAAUAAAUGAGAAAUUUAAUCUGACGGCGUGGUGAGAAUAAAUCCUGUAACAGACCCUUCAUAAGGUAUCAAAGAUUUAAUAUGUCGCUCAUGUGUGGGGAAAUGCUUACGCACACGCAGUACACAAUGCUAUGGUGACGGAGUGUUAAAUCAAAUCAGAGCAUUUAAUCAUAUGUGUCAUAGGAGUCUGAAGAGGAAAUAAAGAUUGCAGUACAAGUAGGUGUAUACAUAUGAGUAAACCAGUGUGAAGUUCAGGUUUAUUCUUGGUAUUGUAUCUUGGAGUUGCAGCUAAUCUGAUUCAUACUGAGUUGGUUUGUUAUCGAAUAACUUAGAAUAUGAGUCGAAAAGCUGUCAGACAUGAUAGCGCCUCUGUAAGGCUUUAUUAAGUCGCAGCAAGUUCUGCAAGUUUUUUUUUUUUUUUUUUUUUUUUUUUUUUUUUUAAUGUAUUGAUACGUCAUGGGCAAAUCAUUUUUAUGCUUACACACCAUUCAUUCACACAACAGUGUGUACAUUUAGUGCAGUGGCAGCCACCAGUGCAGCAGCCCAGGAGCAGUUCGGGGUUAGAACUUCAGCCAUGGAUGUAUUAUUGUAGUUUUGUUUGGUGUUAGUAGCAUUAGUAUUUGGUUCCUAAAGUAUAGGUGCGGUGCUGGUUGGUGAUCAAAAGACGACAGAGAUACAUACACCCGUCCAAUUGCUUUUA